AUGCAGGAGAAUUCAGAAAUUGCCAAAGGCUCUACUAAAUCAAAUCGAGAGAAAGUGACCGAAUUUUGGAACAGACUUACCUUGGAAUUAAAUAGUGCAGGGCCGCCGGUGAAGAGUGAGUUUGAAUGGAACAAAGCAUCAGCAAAUAAAAUGCAUCAAAAAGGUACAGGAGGUGGGCCAAAUAAAACGCAAAAGUUUUCACCUUCGGAAGAGGACAUAUUCCAACUUGUAGGAAUGAAGGAAGCAGUUGAGGGAGUAGGAAGUUCGCUGUCCUUUGGUUUGGCUCGCCCACAAAAUGAUAUACAAAGUGCCAAACAAUGCGAGUAUGAUGCUACAUUGCACCCGAAUGAGGUAGAGUGCGUUGAAGCUGUUGAUGAUUUUCUUUUUGAAACGGAACUCAUGCAGGAAGACAACAGUGUGCAACCAACUCCUACAACAUCCCAAGCCGCAAAGAAAAGAAAGAUGAGUACCAACGAUAUCAUUGUGGAGGAGCUACAGACACAAAAAAUACUUUGUAACAAAGUGACCGAGGGGGUUUCUGUAAUGAGAGACCACAACACUGAAGUCCAGUGCGGCAUUAAGAAGAUGUACAGAUCAUUGGACCGCCUGGGAGAUAUUAACAAAGAAUUAUUGAAAGAACAACAGAGGCAUAAUAAAGAAAUGGAAAAUCUCCGUAAGUCUUAG